AGAAAUAAAAAUGACAAAAGUAUUCCAAGUAAAUUUUAUUCUUUAGGACUCCCUCCAAGAAAUUGCCAUUAUUGCCAACACAUUGAUCAAAAUGAUAUGUGAUGUAUUGCUUUUAAGAGACGAUUUGUACCUAGGUUAUCGUCACCACUAUUGAAUCCAGCCAUAAUUCAGGAAGAAGCCUCCUCUGAGAUACUGAUAGCUCUCUUGACAAUUUAGUUAUUUUAAGGCUUCUUAAUUAUUUUUUUGUAACCUUUUUUUAUUGCUCAUCACCGUUAAUAGUUUUAAUUUUAUGAUAUUAUGUCCAAUUUUUUUUUUUUUGUUAACUAAUGCCUAUAGAGCCCUUCCUGAGAAAAUAUCUUAAUUCUACACCGAAUACGGCCUUAUUUAUGGUAGAUACAGUAAUUGAAUUAAUGAAGUAAUGCGCGCACCUUGGUUUAAAUAUUAUUCUUUACCUGAUAACACUAAAUUCUGGAGUAUAAAACAGAUCUAAGUUUUUUUUCCAUGAAAAAAUUUUGACAGUAUAAUCUCAUCGUGUUGCCAAUUUGCCUUUAUCCAUAGUCGGCCAUAUCAUAUUAAUAUAAUGAGAAAGAGAUGAAAAAUAGGAUACACGACACUUUGGCUCCAAAUGUUAAAUACAAUUUAUUGUGAUAGUUAUAAGUAAUAUUAUCAUAUAUUUUAUUUGGCUCAUAAUGAUGUAUUUCUUUAUGCUUUCUUGACAAAUAUAAGAUCAUAUUUUUAUUUUUUGGAAAUUUUCAACACAAUUAUUAUGUACAAUAUUAUGGCUGCGUGUGAUCCGGGUACUGAACCAUACGAAAGCUGGGAAGCUCUAGAUGACCCUUCUAUCCUAAGUACACAAAUAAAAAAAAUGCAGCUAGCUUCAGCAACAAAAAAUGAGAACAAUGGUAAUGUUGUAAUUUCAUUACCACCAGGCAUGCAGCUAUCGUAUAGUCCUCAUCAACAAAUGACUAUUCCUCAACAGCCUACUGUAAAAAUUUUAAAACGACCACCAAAAGUGACUGUUACAAAUGAUUCUGCUGAUAAGCCUAAGUUACUAGUGAAAUCUUUAGAACAAAGAAAACAAGAGUAUGCUGAAGCAAGAUUAAGAAUUAUGGGUGAAGAAUUAAAUGAUGAAAAUGUUGAUGAUGAAGGGGCUAGUUCAUCUGGAAGUAUGAAGUUUGAAGUACUUCGUCAACCAAUAAUUCGUAUACCAGUUGAAGACAAUAUAAUACGUCAACCUCGCGGUCCUGACAAUACCAAAGGAUUUAACCAUCGUAGCUAACCCUAUUAGCUUUUUUAGUAAUUACGUUAAUUUUUUAAUCUUUGGGAUUUAAAAUAAAAUACGAAUACUAAUAUAUAUAUAUAUAUAUACAGAUAUGUGUAUAUAAUAUUUUUAAAUACAAAAACAAAAUCAUACAGUUGUAAAUAUUUAGUCUUUUUUUAUCAUUCAUUUUAUUUGACAUUUAAUACAGAAGAAUUAUAGUGACAUCUUGAUAUUUAUCAUUAAGUAUCUAUUUGUUAAAUAAUGUGAUAAACAGGUGGAAUUACUCCAGUAUCAGUAAAUCUCUUGUAUUUGUUUAAGUAUUUAAGCUGUUAUUCAAUGUACAUUGUAAUAUAAAUAAAGUGAUUUGUGUAUACCACUGUCACUUUAUUUUUUGUCGAUUAAUUUAAAUUAAGCAUUUUUAACUAUUGAUUUUUUGGUAAAAUCAACCAUACCUUGUUUUACACUUAUUUCUUCCUGAAAAUUUCACAGUUAUAGAUGAAGGAAUGAUGUAAACAUUUUAUUUUAAAUAAAAGAAUUCAACAAGUUGACAUAUUUUUGUAAUUGUUUUUUAUUUUUAAAACAUUGAUAUUUUACAAUUGAUGUUUAACAAACAAAA